CAGACAAAAGAAGAAGAGGCAUGAGAACAAGAGCAAAACAACAGCCACAUACAUUUGAAUAAUGGCAUAGAAACUUGUGGGAGGCACCAUCAACAUCAUCCUUCAAAACCCCCCCACCCAUUUCGUUUUCUGGAUCACAUUCUGCAUUCAUUUCCAUUACCCAAGCUUCUACCUUUUUUGACCCCUCUCUCAUUCUCUCUCUCUACAUUCUUGCUCCUUUGUUAUUUGGGCCACAUUAUGCCUUGGCAUUAUGUGGGAAGAAGUUGUUGAGUUUCAAGAAUAUUUUGCAGCCAAGAUUCGCCACAGAUUUGGAAGUUGAGAUUGGAAAUUUCAGUUAAUAUGAGACUCGGUAUGCAGAAAAAUGAUUCUGACUCAUCUCCCGGCCCAAGUUUGGAGGGAAGUUUCAGGAAAUCUGCAUCUGUGGCUUCUGUUCGUACAACUUCCAGCAAUUCAAGCAAAUUCCUUCCAACUUCAAGACGGGUGUAUAAGGUACUCAAGGAGUAUUCGUUGAAGCUGGUUGACUUCAAUUUAUUCGCACAGCAUCUAGAGGAAUGGGUUGGAAAGAAUUUAUUCAGUAACACAACUGCUGAAGAACAUCAUUUUAGCUCUCCCUUCUCGAUUGAUGACCUUCGAACCUUUGACUUUGCACUGGAGGGAGUUCUGUUUCAACAGCUGCUACGCAUGCCUUACCCUCCGUAUGCCUCUGACAAUCUUAAAGAAGAUGAGUUUCUUGCCCUCGAAGAUUUUCUACAUACUGCUGCUGAAGGGCUAUGGCAUGCAUUUUGGCAUAGGAAUAAACCGUUGCCAUAUUUUGUGUCCUUUCCUCGUUAUCCAGGCUCCAAAUUCUACACUGUUGACAAGGCAAUAUCAAGAGGAAGACUUGGAGGGCUUUGUGGUGCGGCUUUGAUGUCAAAAAACAAAGGCAGCCCACACGCUCGUUGGGAUGAUGUGGUCAAGUUUGUCUUGUUCAAACAAAAUCUCGUGAAAGGAGACGAAUGUGGGCUUCCCCCUGAGGUUAUUUGUGAAGCUCUCUUCUAUGCUAUUCAUAUACUGCUGUCAAGGAGUUUGAGUAAGUACAAUAAAAUUACCACCGAUCAUGUUUAUGUAUCCGUUCUCGACUCUAAUCUUGGAGGUGUUUUGAAACUCGGUGGUGACCUUGGAAAGCUGGAAGUUGAUUUGGAUAACCCUUAUCAGUCGAUGGUAGACUGGAUCACGUGUCAUGCAGAAGUGAGCAUUUCCCGUGUAGAUCGAAUAUGGAACAAACUUGGGAACGUGAACUGGGGCGAUUUAGGAACCCUGCAAAUACUUAUGGCGAUGUUUUACUCAAUCGUGCAAUGGAAUGGUCCCCCGAGGAAGUCUAUGGCAUCUCUUGCAGCAAAACACAGUCUCCGUCUCCAAAAGCGAAGAAUGGAGAGCCAAGUGGUUGAGAACGAUAACAUUCUCGUUCCUUAUCAACACGAGAGCAGUUAUAAUGGAGAAAUUGUGGAAGUAGAUAACGAAAGUAAUCACGAUUCAAAGAGGAAGGGUCGAGGAUUGGACCUCAGUCCCGGCCAAAUUUUGAUGUUGGAAGAUCAGAACCAUGGGAUAAAGAGCUUUCAGAUUCAAGAUUUUCUAAAUGAUGGGAAUGGCUGUUCAUACAUCGCUGUUGCUGCUGACUGUCAUGCGCAGCUAUUGACGUUGUAUGUUGGGGCGCACCCGUCUCGCUUGGAGCCGUCGUGGGAGGACAUGAACCUGUGGUACCAAGUUCAGAGGCAGACCAAAGUGGUGAACAUCUUCAAAGAGCAGGGUGUUUCAUGCAAGCAUUUACCAGAGAUCAUCGCGUCGGGCAGGAUCGUCCACCCCGGGCCGUGCGAGAAGCAGAGUCCGAAGGGGCGCUGCGACCAUCCGUGGUGCGGGACACCGAUGCUAGUGACGUGCCCUGUCGGGGAAACAGUCUCGUCCAUCAUUGCCCACGACGGGCCUUUAUCGGCCGAGGAAGCAAUUCGCUGCUGCCGGGACUGUUUAUCGGCUCUGAGAAGCGCGAAGAGGGCGAACAUCCUUCAUGGCGACAUCCGGCCGGAGAACAUCAUACGGAUAGUUGAGGAACGAGGUGGGAGGGCGUGGAGCGUGUUCGUGCUCAUCUCGUGGGGGCGUGCGGCGUUGGAGGACAGAGACAGCCCGGCGCUGAACUUGCAGUUCUCAUCGGCUCACGCGCUCCAGCAUGGGAAGCUGUGUCCGUCGUCUGACUUGGAGAGCCUCGUGUACUUGCUGUAUUACGUGUGUGGGGGCGCCAUGCCGCAGCAGGAUUCGAUGGAAUCGGCGCUCAAGUGGAGGCAGAGGAGCUGGGCGAAGAGGGUGAUACCGCAGCAGGUGGGGGAGGUUUCGCCUAUCUUGAAGGCGUUCGCGGACUACGUGGACGGGAUAUGCGGGACCCCAUACGCGGUGGACUACGACGCGUGGCUGAAGCGGCUGGAUAGGGCCGUCGAUGGCUCGGCCGAGCGUGGGAAGAUGAGACUCAAGGAUGUGGCUGACUCUGCUAGUAGUUCUAUGUGAUGCUGCAAAACAAUAGUUACCAAUUUUUGUGAUUUUUUUACUUGGUGAAUUGGGUGGUUGCAUUGCUUUCUCGUACUUGUAUUUUGUGUAUUCAGUUUCUCUUAAAAUUUAUUUAUUUUAUUUUUGGUGUCA